AUUAGGGACAGGGUUCCAUCAAUCUUUUGUUCUUUUUCCCAUAUAUAUAUAUAUAUGGAAAGCAUAUCCAUGGCUUAACCUACUUACCCAAGAUAACUAGGCAAUGGGGAGCUUCAACUCUUGUUCCAGUCGUAGCAGAGGAAGAAGAUCCAAAUUGAAGAGGACAUCUUUCCAGACAAUGAAUACCCAUCUUGCAACUCAUCAUCAUCAUCAUCAUCAUCAUCAUCAUCAUCAGCAAGGCAUAAAGACAGUUGCAGUAGAGCAGCUUUGCAAGUUCUCAACCAGCUCAGCUCUUUGCAUGAACAUAGUGACAUGGAACAUGAAUGGGAAGGUUUCCUACCAAGACCUAGCAGAGCUCGUGGGAGUUGACAGGAAGUGUGAUCUAAUCGUGAUUGGUUUGCAAGAAGUCCCACGAUGCAACAUUGGUCGGUUGUUGCAGAAAACACUGGUUGAAACCCACAGCCUUCUAGGCAAAGCCAUCAUGCAAUCUCUGCAAUUAUUUGUGUUUGGGCCGAAGAACUCUGACCUCUUCAUUAAAGAAGUCAAGGUUGACAAGCAUGCUGUUGGGGGUUUUGGAGGAUUAAUUAGAAGAAAGAAAGGGGCUGUUGCAGUCAGCAUUAGCUUCAAAGGAAUCCGAAUGGUGUUCAUUUCUUGCCAUUUGUCAGCUCAUGCGCGUAAUGUGGAAGAGAGGAAUUCUCAAUUCAGGCAUAUAUCACACUCCCUCUUCUCCAAGAACCAAAACCCUUAUGCAAGACCCUCUCAAAUCACAGUGUGGCUAGGGGAUCUCAACUACAGAAUACAUGGGAUUGACACGCUGCCGGCUAGAAAUCUGAUUCAGAAAAACCUUCAUGGGCUGCUCAAAAAUAACGAUCAACUCCUUCAAGAAGCUGAACGAGGACAAGUUUUCAGUGGAUAUUCUGAAGGUACACUAGCAUUCAAGCCAACAUACAAAUAUAAUAUCGGGAGUAACAACUAUGAUACAAGUUACAAGGUAAGAGUACCAUCAUGGACUGAUAGGAUCUUGUACAAGAUCGAAAAGUUUUGCAACAUUGAGGCGACUUUACAUUCUUACGAAUCGAUUGAUGGCAUCCAUAGUUCUGAUCAUAAACCAGUGAAGGCUCAUCUAUGCUUGAAAGUAAACAAACUAUCAUCAACUACCCCUAUUAAAGCAGUUCUGUAAAUACAGAACAGAAAUUACUUCUCCAUUUUUUUCCCCUAGCGGAUGAAAUGAAGCUGAGGAUCAAUCCAAAUGCUUCAAAUGAAUCAACACCAUUAGUCUUCUUAUUCAAGUGUCCAAUCCAGCCCAGUCACUUAUUUUAUUGAUUUUUGGGAUUUUCCCCUGUAAAUAAUAUAUUAUAACAUUGAGAUAAAUGAUAAUUCAAAAUCAAAGGUAUGAUUCUGUAUUAGCACUACAAAGGUUUUCAAGAAAUGAAACUAAGAUGGUGUCUUUGGCAUUA